CUCCCAGAACCGGGCAAUUUGGGCACGAACGGACCAAAAUCCACUUUUGGGCUCAAAUCACGCUCGGCUGUCUGGGGCCCGUCGUUCCGCGGCGUUUCAUCAGGAGAGAUGGAUUUGCGUGCGCGGCGGCGUUGAGAGGAGAGGAGGGGACAUGGGCGGGGCCGAGGCGCCUCUCAUUUCCCCUCCACGCGUAGCGGGGCAGCAGGGCUGGAGAGACCUCCGGGGAGCACAGUCGCCAGUCCAGCACGGAGACCCGCCUGGCCACAAAGCCGCGCCGCGCACUCGCCAGGAUUGCCAGAUAUUCCUGAAAAAUACACCUGCUCUUUAUGGCAUGUGGCUUGUAACUUUACUCCUGCUGUACUCUCUCCAAGAAGUACACAGUGAGGAUGUGGGCUCCACCAGGCUGUACUUUGUGAAUGCCUCCCUGCAGAGGGUCACCUACUCCAGCUCGGUGGGGGUGUCCCUGCCCUGUCCAGCAGGGGGCACCCCCACUGCCAUCCUGCGCUGGUACCUGGCCACCGGAGACGACAUCUACGACGUGCCCCAGAUCCGCCAGGUGCUCCCCAAUGGCACGCUGCAACUGCACCCCUUCUCGCCCUCCGCCUACAACAGCUACAUCCACGACAACGACUACUUCUGCACCGCCGAAAACCAGGCCGGCAAGAUCCGCAGCCCCAACAUCCGCAUCAAAGCCGUUUUCAGGGAGCCCUACACCGUGCGGGUGGCGGACCAGCGCUCCAUGCGGGGCAACGUAGCCGUGUUCAAGUGCCUCAUCCCCGCCGCCGUGCAGGAGUACGUCAGCGUCGUGUCCUGGGAGCGGGACACCGUCUCCAUCGUCCCAGGUAACAGGUUUCUGCUGACCUCCUUCGGGGCUCUCUACAUUUCGGACGUUCAGAAGGAGGACGCGCUCUCCACGUACCGCUGCAUCACCAAACACAAAUACAGCGGCGAGACGCGGCAGAGCAACGGCGCCAGGCUCUCGGUGAUGGACCCCAACGAGUCCUCGCCCACCGUCCUGGACAGCUUCCAGGCCGGGGAGGUGAACGCCGGUCAGAGCGUGGAGCUCCCCUGCACCGCGGGCGGCUACCCCAGCCCCACCGUGCGCUGGCUGAAGGACGGCCGCCCGUUGCCCUCAGACGCCCGCUGGACCCGGCGCCUGACGGGCCUGACCAUCAGCGACCUCCGGCAGGAGGACAGCGGCAGCUACGCCUGCGAGGUCACCAACAGCUUUGGCUCCAAGGAGGUGUCUGGACAGCUGCACGUCAUAGAUCCACUACGCGUGACCUUAUCGCCCAAAAACCUGAAGACAGGCAUCAGCAGCACACUGUUCUUCACCUGCACCGUGGAGGGCUCCCCGGAGUACAACAUCAGCUGGUUCAGGAACUCAGAGUCCAUCGUCCCUGACCAACAUAUCUCCAUCCAGGGGCAACACAACGACACGCUGCAGAUUACAGCAGCACAGAAGUUCCACUCUGGGGCCUACCAGUGCUUCGCCUCUCGAAAGGGUCACACUGCUCAGGACUUUUCAAUUAUUCUACUAGAGGAUGGUACUCCUCGUAUCGUGUCUUCCUUCAGCGAGCGGGUGGUGAACCCCGGCGAGCCCUUCUCCCUCAUGUGCGCGGCCAAAGGGGCGCCGCCGCCGUCGAUUACCUGGACGCUGGACGACGAGCCCGUGGUGCGGGACUCCACCUACAAGACCAGCCAGUACACACUGUCGGACGGCCUGACCGUGUCGCACGUCAACGUCAGCAGCCCGCUCAUUCGCGAUGGGGGAGUGUACCGUUGCGUCGCACGCAACUCGGCCGGUAGCGCCGAGUACCAAGCGCGCAUAAACGUAAGAGGUCCACCUCGAAUUAGACCCAUGCGGGACAUCACCGCAGUGGCGGGCAGGAACACGUACAUAACGUGCCGCGUGAUUGGCUACCCGUAUUACUCCAUCAAGUGGCUGAAGGACGGGAUGCAGCUGCCCGAUAAUCAUCGUCAAGUGGUGUUUGAGAACGGCACCCUCAGGCUGACGGACGUGCAGAAAGGCGCAGACGAGGGCACCUACAUGUGUAGUGUGCUCAUCCAACCCCAGGUGUCAAUCAACCAGACCGUCCACGUCACUGUCAAAGUGCCGCCGCUCAUCCAGCCCUUCGACAUCCCCUCUACCUCAGUGGGGAAGCUCAUGUACAUCGCCUGCGUGGUGUCAUCCGGGGACAUGCCCAUACGCAUCACCUGGCACAAAGAUGGCCAGCUCAUCAUCCCAGGCUCCGCCUCUGGCGUCGCAAUAGAGACCAAAGAGUUCAUGAGCUCCCUGCAAAUCUCCAAGGUGACGCUGAAGCACAACGGGAACUACACCUGCAUCGCCAGCAACGCCGCGGCCACUGUCAGCUGGGAGAGACAGUUGAUUGUUACUGUUCCACCUCGUUUUGUGGUGCAGCCCAACAACCAGGAUUGUAUCUAUGGCAAAGCUGGAGUUCUCAACUGCUCUGUGGAGGGUUACCCACCUCCAAAGGUCAUGUGGAAACACGCCAAAGGUAAAAUCAACAGACCGUCCUCACCCAAACUAGGUCAUAUGCGCUCUAACAUGCAUGUGUUGUGUGGUGCAGGUAUUGGAAACCCUCAGCAGUAUCGCCCGGUCCCGCUAACGGGCCGCAUUCAGAUCAUGUCCAACGGUUCUCUGCUCAUCCGACAUGUUCUGGAGGACGACCGAGGCUACUACCUCUGUCAGGCCUCCAAUGGAGUGGGCUCAGACAUCAGUAAGAGCAUGAUCCUCACUGUCAAGAUUCCUGCCAUGAUCACCAGCCACCCCAACACCACCAUAGCGAGGCGGGGCCAGACCAAGGAGCUAAACUGCACAGCACGAGGGGAGCAGCCUAUCAUCAUCCGCUGGGAGAGAGGGGACACUGUCAUCGACGCCGAGAGGAACCCCCGGUACUCCAUAACCAUCAACAAGAAGGGGGACGAAGUCAUCUCCACCCUGAAGCUGAAUCCAGCUGAGCAGGGAGACUCUGUCUUCUUCUCCUGCCAUGCCAUCAACUCCUAUGGAGAGGGCCGAGGGCUCAUCCAACUCACUGUGCAAGAACCGCCGGGCCCGCCCGAGCUGGAGGUUAGAGAGGUGAAGGGCCGCAGCAUGAACCUGCACUGGAUCCAAAGGUUUGAUGGCAACAGCAUCAUCACCAGCUACGACAUCGAGUACAAAAACAAAUCAGACUCCUGGGAUCACAUGUACGCAACGAGGAACAUCUCACCCACCAACAACCAAGCCAACAUCGUGGAGCUGCAUCCUGCCUGUGUUUACAGCAUCCGCAUGUAUUCCUACAACAAGAUUGGCCGCAGUCCACCUAGUAAAGAGCUAACAAUCAGUACAGAGGAAGAACCACCGGACGGCCCACCGAUAGAAGUAAUACUCCAACCUAUGACGUCCCAGAGCAUACGGGUCACAUGGAGGUCUCCCAAGAAGGAGCUGCAGAACGGGGUGAUCCGAGGCUACCAGAUCUGCUACAGAGAGAAUGGUCCAGGCAGCAACGGCCAGUACAGCAUAGUGGAGAUGAAAGCCACCGGGGACAGCGAGGUGUACACCUUGGACAACCUGAAGAAGUUUGCCCAAUACGGGGUGGUGGUCCAAGCCUUCAACAGAGCCGGGAAUGGCCCAUCCAGUACUGAGAUCAACGCCACUACACUGGAAGACGUGCCCAGCGAACCCCCGCAGAACGUCCGAGCCAUCUCCGUGACUUCGGACGAGGCCGUGAUCACGUGGGCGGAGCCUCCACGGCUGACGCUGCACGGCGUGCUGAAAGGCUACCGCGUGGUGUUCUGGUCCCUCUUCCCUGACGGAGAAUGGGGAGAGAUGCAGAAUAUCACCACCACCCGGGAGCAAGUGGAGCUGCGAGGGUUGGAGAAGUACACCAACUACAGUGUUCAGGUGCUGGCCUACACGCAAGCUGGAGACGGGGUCCGGAGCAACGUCCUGUACAUCCAGACACGCGAGGACCUUCCUGGUGCACCUGCUGGCAUCAAGGCAGUCCCCUCCUCUCCCAGCAGUGUGGUCGUGUCCUGGUUGCCUCCUCACAAACCCAAUGGUGUCAUUCGGAAGUACACCAUCUACUGCUCCAGUCCAGGCUCUGGACAGCCGGCCCCCAGUGAAUACGAGGCCAAUCCAGAGAUGCUGUUCUACCGGAUCACGCACCUCACCCGCGGUAAACAAUACCACAUCUGGGCCGCAGCCGUGACAACCGCCGGCCGAGGCAACAUCAGCUCAAAGGUCACCGUGGAGCCUGCUGGGAAAGUCCCAGCUAAGAUCCUGUCCUUCGGGGGCACCGUGACCACACCCUGGAUGAAGGAGGUGCGUCUGCCCUGCAGCUCAGUGGGAGAGCCCGCCCCCACCAUCAAAUGGACCAAAGACAGCGAGGACUCUGCCAUUCCAGUCACGGCCGACAGUCAGCGGCAGAUCCUGUCCAAUGGCACCCUGGUGCUGCGUUCGGUGAAAGCAGAGGAUUCUGGGUACUACACCUGUACGGCCACUAACACCCUGGGCUUCGACACCAUCAUAGUCAAUCUUGUGGUUCAAGUUCCUCCUGACCAGCCUCGUUUGACUGUCUCCACCACCUCCACCUCCUCCAUCACCUUGGCUUGGAUCCCUGGAGACAACGGUGGAAGCUCCAUCAGAGGUUUUGUGUUGCAAUAUUCCGUGGACAACACGGAGGAAUGGAGGGAUGUGUUCAUCAGCUCCAGUGAACGUUCCUUCCGGUUGGACAAUCUGCGCUGCGGAACCUGGUACAAGGUCAAGUUGGCCGCCAAGAACAGCGUAGGCUCCGGGCGCAUCAGCGAGAUCAUUGAGGCCAAGACUCAUGGAAGAGAACCAGUGUUCAACAAGGAGCUGCCGCUGCUCACUCACAUUAACUCAACCCACGCAGGGCUCAACCUGCAGGGCUGGACCAGUGGAGGAUGCCCCAUCACCGACCUGAUGCUGGACUUCAGACCCAAGGGAACCUGGGCCUGGCAGAGCCUCAAGGCCAAUUCCACCUCUCAGCUCUUCCUCAGUGAACUGCGCGAGGCCACCUGGUACGAGCUGAAGAUGAAGGCGUGCAACAGCGCCGGCUGUGGCAACCAGAGCUCCCAGUUCGCCACCACUGACUAUGACGGCAGCACCAUACCCCCCAUUAAAUCGGCUCGGGGAGAAGGGGACGACGUGAAGAAGCUGUUCUCCAUCGGCUCUCCCGUCAUCCUGGUCACGCUGGGCGUCGCGUUGCUCUUCAUCAUCCGCAAGAAACGCAAGGAGAAGAGACUCAAGCGUCUUAGAGACGCAAAGAGCCUGGCGGAGAUGCUGAUCAGCAAGAACAAUCGCAGCAUAGACACUCCUGUGAAGGGCCCUCCUCAGGGGCCGAGGCUUCACAUUGACAUCCCACGUGUGCAGCUCCUCAUCGAGGACAAGGAAGGCAUCAAACAGAUAGGUGAGGACAAGGCCGCUGUGCCCGUGACUGACACCGAGUUCAGCCAAUCGGUGAACCCGCAGAACUUCUGCACGGGGGUGUCUCUGCACCACCAAGCGCUCAUCCAGAACUCGGGGCCGUUGAUAGACAUGUCGGACAUCCGCCCAGGAACAAACCCCGUGUCCAGGAAGAGCAUCAAAUCCGCCCACAGCUCCAGGAACCGAUACUCCAGCCAGUGGACGCUGAGCCGACCCAGUCAGAGCCAGUCGACAGCCUCUGCGCGAACUCUGACCUCGGACUGGCGGACAAUGGGCUCUCAUGGCAUCACGGCCACCGAGAGUGACAGCUACAGCGCCAGCCUCUCCCAAGACACAGAUAAAGGUCGUAACAGCAUGGUCUCCACCGAGAGCGCCUCCUCCACCUACGAGGAGCUGGCGAGGGCCUACGAGCACGCCAAGCUGGAGGAGCACCUGCAGCACGCCAAGUUCACCAUCACCGAGUGCUUCAUCUCCGACAGCUCCUCCGACCAAAUGACCACGGGCACCAACGACCCGGCCGACAGCAUGACCUCCCUCAGCACGCCGUCGGAGCCGGGCAUCUGCCGCUUCACGGCCUCGCCGCCCAAGCCGCAGGACUACGACCGCGGCAAGAACGUGGCCGUGCCCAUUCCUCACCGCGCCAAUAAAAGUGAAUUCUGCAACCUGCCCCUCUACAUGAAGACGGACCCGUUCUUCCGAAAGCAGGGGGAGCUGCACGACCCGUGCCCGGCGGUGCCGCCGCGCGAGGCCUCCAUCCGCAGCCUGACGCAGCGGGCCUAUCACACGCAGGGCCGACACAAGACUCUGGACCCGGCCAAGCAGCAGGCGCUGACGCUGGGCCACUCCGGGCUGGGCAGCCUGGGCUCCAGCUCGGGCACGGCCACGCUGCCCCAGAGGACCCUCACCAUGCCCAGCUCCAACGCGGCGGCCACGGCCUCCACGUCCAGCACCGGCAGCAACCCCGCCAGCAGCAACAAGGUGGGCGGCUCCAGAGACUCGCUGCUGGAGAGCAGCUCCUCGGCGCUGGGACGGCUGCAGAAACAGAGCGCCGGCGCCUACUCCAAGUCGUACACGCUGGUGUAGGCGUGCGGCGGCGCACAGACUGGCCCUGCGGACCCCGGCCCUCAGCCUCUCGGCCUCAGCCUGGGCCAGAAAGGGCAUGGAACCAUCUCAUGCUGCAGUGUGAGCCCGGUGGAUGGCGAGCUGCCCAGCAUCCAGUCUGAUUAGGUGCUCUCCCGGACGGAGACCCGGCUAAUCCGACCUCUCUGGGACUCUGUGAACGAACUACUAACUCCAACUAACAGUUCCAGCCGGCUGGUGCUCAGCUUCGCUCAGUUGUCAAAGGAGCUGCACAGCAAAAAGACAAAAAAAAAAAAUAGAGACAGGCGGUGAUUCUAUGGUGAUUUGGAAGUAUUGACUAUAACUAAGGAUCUACGAGCUCUGUGUUGAUGAUGACUACGAUAGCCAGUAUGUUGUUUGGCCAUCCCGUCUCUCAUAUGCACACGUAUACUGUCCUUUAUAGUUUGAGUAUUAUUGUCACUUUGCAGCCGUUCUCUUACGUCCCCUCUUUAUACUGUAUCUCCACCCCCCUGUGUGUCUCUUAAAAUCCCAUAUGACUAUUGGCAGUUUCUUUCUCCUAAUGGUGAAUUCAAAUCAAAUUAUUCAUGCUCACUUCCACAAGGAUAAACUUUUGAUCACUAUUAUGUCCCCCCACGGAUGGCUCUCCUGCUGAACUGCAUUUUGAAACAAAUCAUGACAACCCAAAAAAGCUACAAUAUCAUUUCUCACAUUAUAAAUAGAGACUAUUUGGUAUUAUAAAGAAUUAACAUAUAUAUUUUUAUGUAUAUUGCUGACGUUUAAGUAAAAUUAUGACAAAGUAUAAAUUGUAUGUACUACAAUAGUGUAGUAGUAUAUACAGAAGUGUAUUGUUAAUGUCAAAUUUAAAGACAAUCGCUCAAUCAUGAAUUUUAAAAGAAAUUUUAGAAAAGGUUGGACUGAAGAAAGUAAAAGUUUAGUAUAUACUAUAAACAAAAUCCUCUGUGUGUUACUGUGUGUACAGUGACUAAGAAAAGAAAGGGACCCUUUUCAAACCCUUAUGAUUAGCUGGGAAAUGCAAUGUAGUCAUAGUUUGUAAAUCAGCUCCUGAAAAGACUGGUGAACAGGUGAACGGGUCAUGAGCUACGCUCUGUACUGCGACGUGUGUGAUGGGUGGAAACGAAGCCUCCUGUGAUGUGAUGCUUAGACUACAGUUGGCUCUUAAACCCGAUGCACUGGCAAAUACGGUAACGUUCAAAAACCAAAUCAGUGUCACAGAGAAUCUGCAAGUAAGAUUAAUAAUGAGAGGAGCGAUGCGAUAUGAAGACCUCAUGUUUGCGUGGACGGAAGAGGCAGACGGUCACAGGUAAAGCAGUGUCCCACCAGCAUCACAGUCAGCCUUAGUGCUACUGAGCCAACCUUCAUGAAAGAACCGAGGGGAGAGCUGAAGGUGUCCCUAUUAUGAUGUGAAUGACGUAAAUUAAUAUACUGUUGAGAGAUGUUAUAUUGUAUGUCAGGGAGUUCAGUUUUAAAAUUUAUAUAGCGUUCACUCAAUUGAUAUGUUUGUUGUUGCCCUGUUUGAAGUACUGUAUUUGUCCUGCUUCAUCCCUUCAUUCUGCGCAAAUGUACAUUCAAACAAGAAUCUGGAAUGUCUUUUUAAAGCAUUUCCUUAUAUUGGCUUAUAUUUAUUCAUCCGUUUGCUUUGUCUGUUUGUUUGUUUGUUUGAGGGGGUGUCUGUCAGUCUGUUGAUUUAGAUUUUUUAUAUUAGUUACAAUUUGUUUGGGGUUUAGGUACAAAUUUAGGUUCCAGGGAUCAACUAGUACUAAGGUAUGUGGCCUGUGGCUAAAGCCAGUUCAGCCAGUGAAAUCAGGGACUCGUAGCUGUUUUGGUCACACAAACUAUUAAUGUAAUGUGUAUAUACAGGAUUAGAGUUGUUCAAUCAGACGCUCAUCCUUUUACCCUAUUAAGUAAAUCAAAGUAAGAAUUCACCACCCUAAACAUAUUAGACCCAUCAUCUCUACCUGUCAGUGUUGUUUAUAGAUUAAGUCUUGUACAUAAAACACAGUUUUGUAUGAAGAGCUAUUUUCGUCAGAAUAAAUCAGGGGACACAUGAAUGAAUGCCCCAGUUUCAAAAUUGAAAUAGUAUCAAAAAUGAAAUAUUUUACUUCUUUAAUGGGCAAAACAACGUCUUUCCCUUUAUGUUUUGAUACUAAUUUGUUGAAUUUUUAUUCUUUUUUUAAAGGUCUUUUUGAUGUUGUCAUUUGUCCUAUUUACUUUUUUUUAAAUAUUAUUUUGUAUUUUGUUCAUCCUCAAAAAAGUCGUUGCAUGCUUGCUAAAAGGGAAAAACUGAAGGAAAAAAUGUAUGAAAAUCAUAAACAAAACAAAAAAAAAAUGUUGAGGGUAUCCCAAACAUUUGUUUGAGUUGCUUGUUAUAGCAAUUGCUUGUGUUCAAAAGUACAUUUUCUAUGAAAAGAAAGCAAAAACUAAAAAGAUCAUUCUAACACCUUGUGCAAUAAAGCUAUCUUUCAUACA